GUCAUAAGGCGAUGCACGAUGCGCAGUAUUGCACCUCUCUUCCUGCACACACCACCAUGUCGCUAUUCCGGCCCCCCCAGACGCUGCCAAAAGCCUUGAUAGUGCUCGUCUUCACGAGUGUCAUCAGCCCUGUACACGCUCAGUCGACCACUUGGAGCAAUGGAAACUCCACAGCGAGUCGGGUCGCAGGGAUCAUUGUUGCUAUCCUGUUUGUCCUUGUCCUCCUCAUGCUCAUCUUCUCCUUCCGCCGGCGUCAACAACGGCGCUUUGCCGCCGGUCAGCCCACGUGGGGCUGGGGCGCCUACCGUCCUGGGCAACCAAAUACGCUUCCGCAGCACCAGCAGGAGGUGCCUUAUGGACAUGGGGGAUACUAUCCCCAGCAGCAGCAGCAGAAUCAAUUCCAGGACGGAGCGCCCAGACCGGGAUAUCACCCUGGAUCGGAGUACCCGCCGCAGAAGCAGACUCCGGCACCUCCGCCGUAUCAGCCCAACGGGGCAUAUGCGCCCCCACCUGGCCCACCGCCUAAUUUCGGCGCGGCUCCUGGGUCCCCUCCACCCGCUCACGUACAUGACCGACAGAACUCCUUCGCGGGAGGUUUUAGAGCGUGAAGCAGUCAGUCUUUAACAUGAAAUGCCCAGCACUGUAAGUAUCCUAUACACGAACCUGUACCACGUAAUACCACCGGAACUAUUGUAGCAUUGUUAUCACACCGACCACAGCGUUAGAUCUCCAGGGCGUGGAGUCAUGACUUUGCAUGCUUACGGUUGAAGUGCCUCAUUUGGAAUCUCCCAGGGAUGGAAAGAACAUAAGUUGCGCGAUUAGCGCAGCGAUCCUAGCGAAGCGGAUGCAAAUAUAAUAGUUACAUUGGACAUUCAAGAUCGUGAAUUACAGCAAUAAUGACAGAUUAGACACUUUCGCUUUCAGACAGGCUCGUCAGUCCCCUCGCAAACGCAGGGCCCAUCUCGAAUUCUGAAUCAGACACGCUGGACUUCGUCUCUGUCACUUUGUGGACCUUGGGCGCGGUGAAAUUGAGGGUGGAGCGGGUUUCACGCGUCUGAUUCGACGAGCCGAAAGACGUGGUCGUCGUCUGUUCGUAGGAGUUUCCUGUUGCGACGCGCACGACGAUGAGCAGCGGUGCGAUUGCCUUUGAAACGAGAAACAUCAGCUGGUGUUCUGCAGCAGAAUGUAUUGGACACGCACGUAGACCUGCACGGCGAUCGGCUCCAUCAGCGCCUGCGCAGGGUGACCGAUCGCGAACAAGACGAUGAAGAUGAAUUGGACGACGAGGAAGAGCGCCCCGCUCUCGAUGAUGAUCCCCGUCGCGCGCUGCGCUAGAGUCUGCGCGUUGCCGCCCGUGGAGCGCGUUUUCGAGAGGACGGAGUUGUCGAGCCCGCGUGUCAUCCACCAGAGUCGGCCGACGAUCAGCGCCGAAGUGAUGAAGUUGAGGAUGAUCGAGAGCGAAAAUGUCGCGUCGCCCAUGGGCACGAGGGCGGUGGGGACCUGUUCUCCCGUAGGACUGAUUUUCAUAACAAUCCCUGUAACGGACAUUCCACACGCUGUGGGAAACACUGAGCGACCCUAGCAAUCCGAGGAUGUGGCUGGGAACUUACCGAGGGCACCGAGGGCAAUCAGAAAGGGGAGGAUGAUGAUCCAAACAUUCUGUGCCCAGACCAGAUAGCAACGAUAGAUCUGGAGUCUCGUGUCAGUUGCAGUUCGAGGUUGAGAUGGAAUAACAUUACCAACACCAGUUGCCCGACGAAGUCAGCGAGAAUGAAUGAUGAGUCCGCCACUUGAAGAUCUCAGCUCUCAUGCUGACCCUGAAUCACAAAACUACUAACCAAUAAGCUUGUGCGUCUCGCCAGAGAUAUGAGGCCGUGGAGAAACCAUCUAAAAUCGGCAAGAGUUCUUCACUGAUUUCCUGCACAAACGACGAUUCACUCACAGUUGAAACAUACACGUUAUCAAAAUUCAACGCGAAGUGAAUCGUGCACAGCGCUAGCAGUAUAAUCGUGGCGAAGAUGAUGGGAAUGAUUGUGUGGUUCUUCAACACCCGAGGGCGACAGAAGAGGAACGCAGCCGUGCCGAAGAGGAGGAGAUGGAUCCCUGGAAAGAUGCCUUCGAGGCCGAACCCGAGAAAGGUCGCCUGGUCAGGAUUUAUUGUGUGCGCAAGGUCGGCGGACAUUUUGCGGGGGAUGAAGGAGCUGGGGGAACGAGCUUGGUCGAAUUCGCUUCCUCGUUGCCGCUCUUUAAUCCUGCAAGAGUAAUGAUGACGAUGAAAGGGACCUUCGCUUGGGAGCAUGAGGCCGCGGAAGACACGAUCUUGACACGCGUUCGGUCGAAGUGCAGGGGUGAUUGGAGCACAUGCUGCCAGAGUCUGCCCAAUUACCUAGUCAGUCCAGGCUGCCAAACGCUUUGUUUGAACUAGAAGGUGGCUUUUUCACUAUGGUCCAUUCGCUAUUAGACAUAGAAUGAUGAUGGAUUAGUUCACUAAACGGGGAGAACAGUAAAAAAAACUGUCGACUGUGAUGCAGAGGUUACUUCAUCUUGCUCAGAGCUUCUUACGUCUAGAUUGGCGUAUCAGUGAACGCCGUUGAUGUUUAUCAGAAGUCCAACCAAGGUCAAACGGAGAACUCUGAGAAGAGCACCGCCUCAGCCCGACCAUAUGCUACGCAGGCACUCUUUGACCUUCACAGGACUUGGGUGCCAGAUCGGAUAGAUGCCUAUCAGGUUCGGUGUCGGUGUAUCGUCUUCUGGUGUGGUACAGCCUGCGUUUCUUGCACGACUAGCGGGUGUGAGAGCAGAAUCCGAUGAAGCAUGUCGAACAGAGAGGACUGAUUGUUCAGCGAGCCCGACAUCGUUCGCUCUUUGCUCGUUGCUGCCCAGUCUUGAAGCCUGUUGCCAGGGUCACUGCGAACAAAAGUCCUAGUCAUACCAGCCAGAUACAGCAAAGCGCGAGCAGAAGAGCCUAA